GCGGGGACUCCGUUUCGAGGUUAGGUCACGACCGAGCGGAGCCUCGACUUGCUACCUCAGGCAGAUCAAACCGGCCACAUUUAUGGGGGUGUCCGGAGAGUGCGCGGUCAAAGGUGCCGGCAGCAAGAGCCACCCCUGUCACUGCUGCACCCACGUAGCCAACGCGAGCGCCAGCGUGCCCGCCCACCACCAUCACCACCCGCACCACCAUCACUAUCACCACCAUCACCAUCACCGGCACUCCAAGAGCCCCGUAGAGGCCCAGCAGGAGCCUGGGGACACCAACAUCCUCUCCUCCCUCAGGAGCAAGAUGAAGGUGCUCAAGAAGCUCAAGCGCAAGAUGGGACUAGCACCCAGAUCCUCCAGCGCAGGGACCAACAAUCUGCCGCCCCUGACCUUCCACCAGGUACAUGGGGAUAAUAUCCGCCUCCUCCAAGGUGGCACCAUCGCCAGGAGACACGAGAGCUUCUGCAAGGGUGUCACCUUCAGCGCAAGGCCCGUCCGAGUCGGCGAGAAGGUGUGCGUAAAGUUCCUGGAGAUCUCCGACAACUGGAGCGGGGUGAUCCGAUUCGGGUUCACCAGCAACGACCCGAUAAACCUGCGAAACGGCCUGCCGAAGUACGCCUGCCCCGACCUUACCAACAAGCCCGGCUACUGGGCGAAGGCCCUGGCCGAGAGGUUCGCCGAGCGCGACACCGUCCUCUUCUACUACGUGACCUCGGCCGGCGACGUCCACUUCGGGGUCAAUGGCGAGGAGAAGGGAGUCUUCUUCAGCGGGGUCGAGACCAAGGGGCCCCUCUGGACGAUCAUCGACGUCUACGGGAACACGACCGCCAUCGAGCUCGUCGACCCCAACCGGCAGCACUUCAACAACAUCCGCAGGAGCGCCGAGCACAGCAACGAGGACAAUGCCCAGCACAGCAGGCACUCGGCGAUGGACGACGCCAGCAACGCUGGCCGAGACGUCGAGAGGAUCGUCGUUCCGUCCAUGCAGAGCAUGUCCAUCCAUCACGAACCCGACGUCGACCUGCCAGGUCUGAGGUUUCAACCUUCAGGGGUGCUCUUCGCGCCGCUACCCUUCCACCCGACCCGGGGCAGGAACAUCCGCUUCAGCAACCAGCAGUGCGUGGCUACUCGCAGCGACACGGAAUUCUGCCAUGGGUACGCGUUCACCAGCAGACCCCUUCUUCUGGGCGAGCGCCUCGUGGUGCAGAUCCUGGCGACGGAGCCCUUGUACGUCGGAGCCCUCGCUCUGGGCCUGACAUCCUGCGACCCCGCCAGGCUUACCGCCGAAGAUCUUCCCGACGACAGCGACCUCCUGCUGGACCGGUCCGAGUAUUGGGUCGUCUCGAAGGACGUGGCCUCGUGUCCGGAACCCGGGGACGAGAUCGCCUUCACGGUGACCCACUACGGCGAGGUGCAGAUGAGCAAGAACGGCGGGCCACCGAACGUAGUCAUGCACGUGGACCAGAGCCUCCAGCUGUGGGCGUUCGUCGACGUCUACGGGAGCACGCAGCGCGUCAGAAUGCUGGCCAGCAGGCCGACGUCCCCUCCUAGGCAGCAGCAGCAACAACAGCCGCAGCAACAGCCCAUUCCCUCUGCGAACCAACAUUCGAAUCACAGCAACGCCGCCACCGAGCUCUCCAGAUUCUCGGACGUGCUCCAGGUUAAGCCGGUCGGCGGAGGAACGGUGCUGGUCGUGAACCUGCCUCCUCAGGGUAGCUACCCGGCGCCGCCGCCACCGACGCCGCAGCCCAUAUACGCCACGGCGGCCGCGGCUUCCCACAGGAACCCUCCACCUGCUCACCUGCCGCCCCCGCCGCCUCCGGUUCACCUGCCUCCGCUACCGCCUCCACCCAUGGCUCCCAUACCGCAUCCAGGGUCCUCCAGGCAGUCCUCGCCCUUGACCGGCACCAUGACCAGCACGGGGUCCUCCACCUACGUAGACCCCGUGUCUUACCAGACCCUCGACGGCACCCUCACUUCCCAGGCCUCGUCUCACCUGCAACAGUGGAGCGAGGGUCUUCAACCUACCCCCGGACAGCCCAGCGAGUGCUCCAUCUGCUACGAGAGGAACAUCAACAGUGUCCUCUACAUGUGCGGGCACAUGUGUAUGUGCUAUCCUUGCGCCAUCCAGCAGUGGCGGGGCAAGGGAGGCGGCCACUGCCCGCUCUGCAGGGCGACCAUCAGGGACGUUAUCCGCAUUUACAGAUCGUGAACCGGUCUGCGGUACCGGCCCCCGUACGCCGGGGGCUGAGCGCGCCGGUAUCAAGCAUUCUUGGGCGUCCCGUCGACGACCACUCCCCAGAGGUCCACCAGCUGCCGACGACCGGGACCCGGGUGCUGCGACGAGACCGGCAGCCUUGGUCAAGGUCCGCCUAGGACUGCGGAAGUAUUUCGAGAGGCACCUCCUGGAGCGAACCCCCGCCUCUCCUGCCCCGGUACCCGGUGGUCCUCUUGGGGCGGGAUCCCUCCUAGACGCUUUCGUCCAGGAUGCGGCUCCGAGGGACCCCCAUGUUGGCCUUGGAGGGUCACUCGUCGAGUCUCUGCACGACUUCCAACGUUCCUGGUGCUCGGCAUUUCCACGGAUGCUCGCGUGAUAGUACAUAGUUUCUUAUGCGGUUUAAUGACGACUGGGCGGAGGAGAGGCUGACGGGUCCAGGGUCUCCCGCGAACCGACCCUGGACCUGGGGACUUUCGGGUUGAUCCGGCGUCGUUGCCGGUGAUCUUGUCACGGUUCAUCGCACGGGGGUGUUCUUGGUCCUCGGGCUGGGGAGAUUCGGGACGACGUUCCCGGAGGACGUCGAGGAAGUUUGUCGAAUUGGGGGGACUGACGUGCCGCCAACGUGCUUCCAAAGCGUAACACUGCCGUCGUGCCGAUGCGACGAAGGCUGAAAAUAACGUAAACGGAGAAAAAAAAAAAGCAGAAAGUGCGAAGGGUACAGAGGUCCUUGUUGCAGGGGGUGACGAUCCACCUUCUCGAUCGACCUCGCCAGAGAGGUCGGUCCGCCUCGGAGAGGGAGAAAGAGAGAUAGAGAUUGAAUUUUUAGGUCUCUUAUUAUUUUUCCUUUUUUUUUUUUUAACCAUAAUUAUUACCGCUACCUUUAUCGCUACUCGUGCUACUAUUCUUACUGCUAUUAUUACCCCUUAUUUUUACGGUUACUAGUGUCCACCAUCCGUGGCUACGAUUAUCGCUAUGUUUAUUAUAUUUUUAUCCCUAUUAUUAUCGUUACUUAUUAGCGCGAUUAGGAGGAUUCUUGAUUGUACGGCAGCAUGAUUAUUUAAUGUCCUGUAAUUAUCCAGCGCGGGCUUUCUUUCUCAUACCUAUGUGGCGUUUAGUUUGACUUCGAGCGUGCCUCUUCUUAAGUACAGAUUAGUUAGAGGGUCGUACGUUCUCCAGUGUUCUCUAUUUUUAUUUUUAUUCCUCCUUUUCUUUUUUUUUUCUAUAUAUAUAUAUUGUUCUUGACGAUCAGCCCGUUCCCCGAGUAACUACCAAAGAACAGCACCCACUUUCAACGAACCGACGCGACGUUCGCGACGCCUUUUCGUCCGGACGCCCCGUUAAAGCCCGAUGCUUUUUGAUACGUUAGAUUAGCCGUGUACUUUUUUACUACUCGAGACACCGCGGAGGAAGAAAAACGUGUAUGACUCCCCGAGCGGAAUAUUGAAUCUCGUCGGGAUAUUAUCCUACCAGAGGACGACGUUCGUGCGGUGACUUCGAUGCACGGACGAGGCAUGGAGAGCUCGCGAGCAAUUUCUGAUGCAGACGGUGGGAGGGAGAGGGAUAAAUCUGAUCGGAAGAACUAGAGGCAAGACUUCCACUUCCCAGGAUCGAGGCUUAUCAAUUUCUAAGCCCUUAUCAACCCUUUGCGGAGAUUCGGCUUCUUCGAGCCUCGGUCCGGACAGAUCGAUCCCUGCGCCCUGGCAGAACCAGACUAGGCGAACAUUAUUUUCGUACACUCCGUCGAGCCGGGAAAAUCGGACAAAUCGUAUAUCUCGGUGCACCCUGAUUAACGGAAUCCCGGUAAUGAACAUUGUCGCACCAGGGUGCACCGGGUGCAUUCGGCGCAUCGGCGUCUACCUGUCAGGGCCUUAAUUUUUUGCAUCUUGUGAGAUAAUCACACGGGAAGAAGGGUUUCACGACCGAGCGCCAUGACAUAGUACACUGGAAAUAUAUUGUCAAUACGCUGUCAAUUUGUUACGUCGAUUGUACAGAGCGGGAGGUGCGGAGUUGAAGAGGCGUUUAUUGAUAACGCCGUUUCAACUGCGCCGUGUGAGGUCUACUGCGAGCCCACGUCGACCGGCGGUGUGAUUCCUCCUGAAUGUUUUAAUUUCGCCGAUUCUUUAUUGUUUCUUUUUUUCUCUUUUUUUUAUACAAAUGGCUCAAUCACAUCCUAAACUAACGUGGAAGCGUGUAGAAAUACCGGAGCGUGUAUUUUAUAUCACGAUUGACUUUAUUACCCGCAAAUGAUUCCGCGUGGAAGAUCACAGCGCCAGAUAUUAACACCGUGGGCCGCCGAUAUAUAUCAUACAAAGUACUAAUAGGAGAUGUUGUUAUUACGCAUUGUUGAAUACAUAUAUUUAUUUGAGGCAAAUCGACUGUAAGCUAUAGAGGAUUGAUUUUUUUAAUGACUAAAGUCACUAUACGAGGUAUCGAUGUAACGUGACCGCGGUCCGUAAUAGUCGGCGCUUUGUCGUGAAACAUUUAUCUUCUAUACGGGGAGGACGACGUGCGCGACUUGCUCGCGAUUGUCCCGGCUCGAUUCCGAUUUUCCUUGAUAAGUCUGUCGCGGAAGAGUUUUCUGCGUGUACGGUUGAAUGGCAAGGGAAAUGUGUAGAGAGGAAACGACCGCCAGCUGGUGCGAGAUCGCUCUAGAAUUUUGUUGACGGCUCUUCCUCUAAACUUUCCUACAUGGUAGAAAGAUCUUCCCGAGGAAGAGAGAGGGAGCGAUCGAGCCGCGAGAUUUUCGACUCGUCGAAAUUCGACGAAACUCGAAGAAAUUCCCCCCCCACCGACGAGCACGCGGUCGGUCUUAAAUUCGUAUGAGCACUGUUGACAUUUGACGAAUCAUUCGGAGCUGUCAAAGGUGUCGCGGUCCUCGUACCUUCUCGUUUCCUCUCUCCAUCUUUCCGCGCGAAGGAAGGCAAGAAGACGAAUGGUCGCGCCCAAAAGAAAACACGCAAUAAAGCAGUAGUGAAAUCUCUAGUCCAGCGUGCGGCAGUCUACCCGUAUCUGCCAAUCCAAAAAGAAGAAAGAAGUAAGGUUUAACGUGUAAACGAGAGAGAGAGAGAGAGAGAGAGAGAGAGAGAGAGAGAGAGAGAGAAGGAGAGAAAAAUUUUAUAGAUACAAAGUGAAGAAAAUUAUCAGCGCGCGCCUUCCCCGCCGAUAUCAGGGCCGACUGCGCGCGCGCUCGCAAGAUCUAAUAGGAGAUGUAAUUAUUAUUCUAAGUACUAUUAAUUAUUAUUAUACUAUUAUUCUAUUAAGCGUUGAACGGAGGAGGCAGAGGGUGAUUCGCGGAUUAUGUUUCUUAGGGUAUAUAUAAAUAUAAAUAUAAAUAUAUAUAUAUAUAUAUACGCGCGAUAAUGCGCGAGGUGUGUCGCAGGAGAGAAAUGUUCCCAAAAAUUCGCUGAUAAAGUAACUGUAAGGGUAAGAGAGUCAUUGACAUUAGACGGACAAUUAUACCAGGUAACGUUGACGACCUAGGGUAGCCUCGUUAUUUCUACGCCGUCGUCGUUGACGGAGAGCGUUGUCGUUGCCGCCUGACCUUAUUUCUUCUUCUUUUUUUUUUUUUUUCAUUUCCGCAUCUCGUGACGUAUGUUCGAUUCGGCAUGUUCUCUGUUAUUAUGUGUAAUAACGCGGUUCGCAUAAGUGCGAGCAAUCCAACGCUUGGUACUCGUUCGAUGGCACGAGGGACCCUUCAGUUUUACCGUCUACGUCCUUUCGGGUGAACCGCGCGGUUUCCACCCUUCAUCGUAUAAACUUGACGUGUCAAUGUCAGUGCAAGGGACAGAUACAGGAACUCGCGCUUUUUCUAUCACUCGAUAUCCCGUUUGCGUAUGCUAUUCGUUGCGAUAAACAGUUGUGAAUAUUGUCACGUCUCUGUGGUCGAUGUGUCGGUAAGAGUUCGUUUUUUUUUUUCUCACUUUCCUCCGAAACUUAAUGUAAAGACGCCGAUGAAGUUUAUACAUAUGUAAUAUAAAUACGCGCAGCCCCGUGCUGCCGGGCACAAUAAAAUAUUAUAUCUAUCAGACGGUCGGAUGGCUUUAUCGAAAUCCCCUGCAGUCCUUCGUCCUUAGACAUCAGAAGUCGCUUCUGAUCUCAUCGACGAUCCGUAUCUCCAUUAAAAGCUGUCUCCUCGAACCCCGUCGAAGAUUCGGCACGACUCCAAAUAUAUUCUUCUUCGGUUCCUAAAAAUAUACGAUCAACCGUCAAAAUAGUCCCCGCCUAUAUUUACGCGAUACGUUUAGCCGUUCACCAAGUUUAGCAUUUUCAGUGUCGGCGAUGUCCAGUCUCGUGUAGACGAAACAAUGACCUUGACAGAAUCCGAAGCGAGGAAGGGCGACCUCCUUGCGGGACUUUCGGCACUCUGCCGAGAUUCCCACGGGUGACGCUUAUUUUUAAACGUCGGUUGCCGUGGCUACGAGAAAGGGUGUUAUUUACACUAGGCAAUCUCGUAACUAUAUUACCUGGUGGGAGUAGGGCUCCGGACUAUUUUGCUUCAGUCUCGUGAUUCUCCCGCGCCUGCGGACGUCCCUCCCCGGAUCGACUGACCUUUCCGAGGAAACUGCACCGCUUCUGUUGGAUCCUCUUCUUAAUAAUAAUUCUAAGUCUACUUCUGACGGGAUUCCUCUCGCCGGAGGCCCUCGAUGAAGAAGCCCUUUUGACG